UAUACUCUCUAUUAUCACUUUAGACACCGCGGUGAAGUUAGUUUAGAUAUAACUUUAUACUUUUUAUUAACACUCUCUUUAUUCUUCUUCGGUUGGCAACCAACACAUGGGUGCGUUACCGCCACCUGCUGGACAGGAGUGUGGAGCAGUAGAUUGGCAGGAAAAUUAAAAUAAUCCUAAAUUCUUUCUCUAAUUCCAGUCGUUUUUAAGAAUGUUUUCAGCAGUUUAAAGACUUCCUCUGAUGUCCCCAGCAGAUUCCCCACAGUAAGGCUGAGUUUUCCGUGAGCUAACUUAGUAGCUAGCACUCUCCUCUCAUUUUUGAAUUUGUGGCAGUCUGUCUGUUUGACGGUUUCCGGUUUAUUGCAAUCUGCACAGAGUCCAGUGGGGUGCAUGCCAAUUAUGUGAGUUUCUGGUUUAGUCCUGUGUGUCCUUAACCGCGUAACUACCUUUUCUUCCCGUGGGCUCCUGCUUCGUCUUCGACCCCUACAUGUUUCUGGAUGCUGUAGAGAUGCCUUCCUGUAUCGCUGACAUCACAGUAUUCUUGCCAAGUUUUCCACGUCCAGCAGCUGGUGGUGGUUGAAGAAGAGGUUCCCCCUGAGCAGCAGGAGUGGAGCUCCAGUCUGGACCAGGAGGACCCAGAGCCCCCCCCCACACAUUAAAGAGGAACAGGAGGAACUCUGGAGCAGUCAGGAGGGAGAGCAGCUUCAAGGGCUGGAGGAGGCUGAUAUCACCAAGUCCACAUUCACUCCUGUCCCUGUGAAGAGUGAAGAUGAUGAAGAGAAACCUCAGUCCUCUCAGCUUCAUCAAAGACAAACUGAACACCUGGAAACAGAAGCUGGAUGGAGAGGACUGUGGAGGACCAGAACCAGCCAGGAACUCAGAUCCAGAGAGACAUUUACAACCAGAGACUGAGGACAACCCUGGAGACUCUUCUGAACCUGACACUGAAGACAGUGGAGAUUGGAAGGAGACCAGAGAACCAGGUUCAAACUCUCAGAGAAAUAAACAAGACCCUUUCAGUGAUUCAAGACGUAGGACUGGAAAGAAACACUUUAGAUGCUCUCAGUGUGCGAAAGGAUUUGGCCGCAAGUCAAGUCUGAAUAGACAUAUCAUAAUUCAUACCGGAGAGAAACCAUUUGGCUGUUCAGUCUGUAAGAAAUCUUUUGCACAGAGUGGAGAUUUAAAGAGACACAUGAGAUUCCACACAGGAAAUAAACCAUUCAGAUGCUCAGUCUGUGAGAAAUCUUUUACACAGAGUGGAGAUUUAAAGACACACAUGAGAAACCACACAGGAGAGAAACCAUUCAGCUGCAGUGUUUGUGACAAAAGAUUCACACAGAGUCAUCAGGUCAAAAGCCAUAAGUGUGUUGGUCGUCAGUCCUCACAGCUUCAUCAAACUCAAACUGAGGAGAACAGAGAGGCAGAGCCUCCAGCCAGCAGCUCAGCUGAACACAUGGAAACAGAAGCUGAUGGAGAGGACUGUGGAGGACCAGAACCAGCCAGGAACUCAGAUCCAGAGAGACAUUUACAACCAGAGACUGAGGACAACCCUGGAGGCUCUUCUGAACCUGACAUUUUCCAAGUAAAAUCUGCAAUAAAAAAAGAGGACAAUUAAUUAGUCCUUCGACAAUUCACAUGAGAAAAAUCUGUCUGUCUGUAUAAACUCUGUUUGACAAUGUUCAAACAUGACUUCAUCUAAACUCCAUCUUUAUCAACAGAAGUUUUGAAUAUGUUUCAUGUUUUUGUCAUACUACUUUUCUGAUGUGUACUAUAACCACUGACUGAUUAAUCUGCAGAGUAGUUUCUCUAAUAAUCUGUUUGUUUAAUGAAAUGUUGUGACUUUAAACUUCCAUUGGGAUGUUGUUGAUAGUUCCUGUUGAGUUAUCAGUCUGUUCUGGUCUAAAAGAAGAACCAAUGACUUAUUGAUAUAGAGAAUGUGUACGAUGUUUCCAGUUUGAUUCUGUUUAUAUCAUCAAACCAAACUAAAAGAAAAAGGCCUUUGAAACAGACUCGCAUUCCUGCAUAUUGUUUGUGUUUUGCAGCAGAUUACAAUCAGCUCAUUUAGAGUUCAGAGUUCAGAUGGAAUGUUAGGAUUAUUCCUGCUUUUUGGAACUGUAGUUCGGGCUCAUGUGUUUCAUUGUUGGUGUUCUGUUAAAUGCAAAUUGAAGUCCUUUCACCUCCGUUGAAUCAGGGUGGAAGCAGAAAUAAAAUACUUUUUCAUAUCGAA